AUGGUGGAGGCUCUCGGCCCUCUCUCUGCUCGUCCACCUACUCCACCUAGGACGACACCUCGAAUGCUUCCUAAUGAAGCCAAAGAUCGAUUAGAAGGUUCUCCGGCAGUCUUACAGACUCCUGGCGAUUCUCCUUAUGGGUCCGCCGGCGUUCCCUCCAGUCGACAUUCGAAGCGGGUAAAUUUCUCGCCAUGGACAAAAUACAUCAAACCUCCGACGUUCACCAAUUCCACAUUGAAAUCGCAAGCGGAUCUCAAAGCAUUGCCUCCUUCGAACGAAUGUAAGCCGUCCAAAUCGAUCCUGAAAGCGACGCACGCACACGCUCCCGUUAGCUCGCCAAACGAUGCUCCUUUUACCUCCGAAUCAUUCGCCAUGCUGCUAGAGUCCAUAACCAAACAGCUAGCUGGGGGGUCUACUAGCGAAAGACUUGAUGCCUAUAUGCAUUUCUUCAGCGCCCUGAGAGCAUAUGAUGAUCUUCCUAGUGACCGAGAGAUAUCGGGAAAGUUGGGCCUGGUGACACAGUUCAUCCAGAGGGAUGUUACCAGGGAUCUUCAGAAUGGUGGGCCAUUGGAUACAAAUCUUGUCAUUCAGGCCCUAAAACUUUCAGCGGCUUUGGUAUGGCAUCCUGAAAUCUCCAAGCAGCUGUCGGAUGAUUUCAAAGUCUUUCUCGUGGAUCAUUCUAUGAGUUGUCUUCAAGAUGCCAAAGUGUCCAAGUCCGUUGUGACGAACUGCAUGCCCAUUUUGUCAACCCACAAUUUUCCCGCGAAGAUCAUGACUACUGCGCGAUUGACACGUCUCCUUACAGCACUCAAUGAAGUCACCAGUCGAGUAAGCGGAAGCGCUAUCGUCACGCAGCGCCUAAGCAUCUAUCAUCGCAUCCUUACUCAAUCCAAGUCGACAUUUGUCUCUCACUCAUCACAAUGGAUGGAUCACCUUGUCUCUGGACUGCUACACCCCUUGAAAGAUACUAGAGUGAAAGCUAUUGCUCUUGGGUUUCACAUUUCUAUGGUAUUCGGACCGAACCCCGCCUUAUCAAAGAGUAUUCGCGAUUGUUUCGAUCGGCCUCUUGAAAACAACAGAAAGAUGGUAGCCGAGAUAUGCGAGCGCAUGUCAAGGAUGAUGGCAUCUCAAGAUAGUGGUGUACAUGUUCCACAGAUUUGGAGUGUCAUUAUUUUGCUUCUCAGGAGCAAAAGGUCAAACGUCGAUCAAUGGGAGCAUUUCAAAGAAUUGGUUCUUGUACUCCAGAAGUGUUUCAACUGCAGUGAGCCAGCAAUCAAGGCACAAGCUAUGACAAGUUGGAACCGGUUCGUUUAUGUUGUCAGUCCGAACGAAGCAACCAGUCCAUCGAUUAUCAAAAUGCUGAGCCGGCCGAUUCUAUCUCAAUUCGAACGCAAAAAGCAGGACAAGCAAAUGGCACAACUCUCUCAGGUUGCUUUAUCCAGCUAUUAUAACCUUGUAUAUUACGCCUUUCGCCCAUCCACAUCCCACCAACACCUUGACUUCGUCUGGGAGGAAUACAUUGCUUCCCCUUCUGCCGGCGUGUUCUCCUCGGCCCCUAUGUUGAACGACAGAUUUUCUCUGGUCUUGUCUAAUAUGUUGUGGAGCCCUCAAGCAAAAGUUUGGUUUGAAAACAAGGCAAAUGACAACAAUAAGUUGGACCCUGAAGAGCUACCUUCUCUUGAUUGCAAAUGGAUAAGGUCCCGGAUUACGUCAAUUCUGAAAGUCUUCGAGAACAUUUUCAAAUCGUCUGUUUGGGCGGACGGUGUCGUUGCGAUUGAGAAGUCAAACAUUGCCACUGCUUGGACCAGUCUUUCCCGGGCACUGUCUUACGCUUCUAGCAAAGAAAUCACCCCGUCAGCGGAAUCGAUGCAUGCUGUUGCCAGUGUGCUCGGACUACUCCAGCGACUCUGGAACGCUGGGCCUUCCUCACUCAAUGCCACAGACACAUCUUUCGAGAAGUUCUUUGAGAGAUUCCGCUUCUUAUCUACAACAAUGAUAUUUUCUCUUGGCAGUAUUCCAUUUACUGAGAAACUGCUCUUGAAGACGGACGAAACAUUCCAGGCUGCCAAUACACCUACACAUCGUCAUUCUCGCGGAAAUUCCAACCCAGACAGUCCUAUUUUGCAUUUCCUUCGAAUCAUCAGUGACGUGUCUGGCAUUUCAGAACCAACCCCAUCAUAUAUGCGCUUAAUCAAUGGCACACUCGAAGCUGCUUGUAACGGCAAAACCUCCAGAGGCUCGCGUUUGGAAAUUAUUCGACAAUGUGCUGACCUACACCCAAACGAGGCCGAAUUCCACUUUGGAGUCCAUAGCUAUGCCCAAAUCGUCUGGAAAUCAACAGCACAAUUGGCUGCGGAUUGCUUGCGCUCAUUUCCUAUUGAAUCUGCCCGUGAGCGUGAUGGGUCUGUUUUACGCGAUUAUGAAAACAUUGUCAAGAUUCUUUCAGCAGGCUUGAAAUUCUCUGAUGUAUCUCAGGUUUGGAAUCAGCUUUUGGAUUCAUUUGUGCGAGUUGUCAGAACCGAAAAGGGUGAUCGAGCAAUCGCAACUGUUGCCAUGGAACCACUCGCUGAGUGCGUGAUGCGGCUUCGUGUUCGUGAUGCCUACCUACCGUCAACUUCACUUCUCAGCAACUCUUUGUCCAUUCCUUACUGCCAACAAGAAGCAUCCAAUCCGAAAGAAACUGGUUCCCACUCAGCUGGAAAUGAGCAGCUGCUCUUCCCCCACAAGUUGGUGGAAUUGGUGGAAAGGACGCUUCAAGAGUCUUAUGGAGGGUUCAAUGCUUCGGAAACCAGCGGUAUUGCCGACUUUAUUGAAUCCUUGACAUCUUUCCUGGGAUCUGGUAUCCUUACUUUCCGCUCCUCUAUUCUCGAAACUCUCCAGCAGCCCCUUGCUUUGUGGAUUCGGGAUGAAGUCCGCCAACUUAAUGUUGAGAGUGGCGUUGAGAGUCGGAUUCUGACUGCAAUUCGUGCACUUUCUUCGGCUGUCUUGAAUAUUCUACAGGCGUCUACACCUCACGACGCCGUUUGCUUGCAGAAGUUUGAAACAAUUAUUUGCGCUGGGUUGGAUUCAUCCCACAUGUCAAUAGCCAAGAGGUUUGUUGAAAUGUGGCGUUCUUCAUUUGGCUUGCAAGAAUCACUGGCCUGCCCCAUGUCCAUAUCGCGUGCGCUAGUGAAGCUGGAGCUCUACAUGAAAAAUCAGCCUCCACCCGACUCCCAGGCCCAGGACAGUUCAGCCUCGCAAGACAAGGAAAGCUCGACUGAAGCAUUGCCAAAGUCUCGCAAGGGGUUUGUUUUGGGUGAAACCCCAAACUCUACCGGCUUCACUUCGUCUCCCGUCACACAAGUGAUUGUAAAUACCGAGUUAUCACCCGAGCAGGUAAUUGAGCGUCGGCCGCUACGAUCUGGGGGCAGUUCCGACCAGCUUGCAGGUGACGAGCUAUCUUUGUCGUUACCAACUGGCUCCAAAGCUCAUCGCCAGCGCAACGAGGUGUUUUCGAUGAUCGAAAGCCUGAGAUCGUCGUCUCCUCCGGUGAACACGCCGAGAGAACUUGGGUUCAUGACGCCUCCCCAUAUGCGCAACCUACGGAAUGCAGAGACCGAGAACGAAACACCCCUGACACCAACCUUGCCAGCUCCUGCAGAAAAUGAGGAUGGCUUUCUUGGCUCAUCUCCUACGCCUGGUACAAGAGGUCGGGCACAGGCUUCGGAAUCUGGAUCAGAGUUAUCUUCGCUAUCUGAUCAAAACUUGGACGUCGACAUGAUCAAGGAACCCCCGUCGUCUCCCCCUGAACUCAAGUCGCACAAUUCCUCACCUACUGGAAACAAGGACGCCAAGAAUACGAAUAAGAAAGAAACUCCGAAUCGCUCUCGGUCAAAAUCUCGAAAAGAGAAUCGGAACGAUGAAACUCCCGUGGAGACAAACAAACCUACAACCAGACGUCUUCGUUCUUCUGCAAGCAAGAACCCAUCUAGCGGGAAAUCCGAAACCAACCCGUCUCCAGAAAAGGCCUCCCGUGAAAAGAGUGAUACUCAGGGGUCCAAGGCUGGCUCAAAAGGAGCGGCUGCCACGCCCAAAUCCGCCGGCAAGAACAAAGGCCGAUCUAGGAAGAACGAAAAGAAAAACGAACCAGAACCAGAAGCAUCUGAUGGGUCUACCGAUGACAUGGAAACGCAAAUUGCGUCUCAGCUAGAACAAGACAUGGGACUAGCUACGGAUGCGGUUGAAGAUUCCAAAGCCGAGCAACUUGAGGAGCUUCCCAACAGUUUCCCAAUGACCAAGAAACGGAAACGUGAAGUUGAGACACAGACACCCCGAAAGAAAGAGAGGCGACGAUCAUCGAGAAUAUCUUCUGUCAAAGAACCCGACGCAGAUGACACCCAAGAACCCAGGAGUACGCGAGCUACAAGAUCGUUCAAUGACUUACCUACGGCCAACCCCUCACCUGCUGUAUCGUCAUCCAAGAAGCGCAAGGGGCAGGCCAAGGUCGAUACGGAAGAGUCUACCGGACCCAACUCUAUUGAGCAAGAUCAAGGUAUCGGCAGUAAAGACAAGAGCUCGAGGUCUCGGAGUCGCUCAGCUCGAAAACGGAGAAGGUCAGGUCGUCUGGAAGGGGUUGCAGCACCACCCAUCCCCGAAGAGAGUCCUAGUCAGAAGAAGUCCCCGCGACUCUCUUCUCGCAAAUCGGACAGGCGCCAUGGCGAAACCAAGGCAUCCAAACAAGAGUUGCCAAAAGAGCAACCUGUGGCUGACGAAACCAUGGUCUUAGACCAGGAGAAAGAGCAUCAGGAGCCUUCGACUGAACCUAAUGACGACGUCCAUGUCCAAGAAUCCGCAGAGUCUCACGAUCCUGUGAACGAAAUACCCGAGAUCUUGGUUGAUAACCAAAUGAACAAACCCGAGCCACAGAAUGAGCCGGUUGUUGAAGAUGAUAUUACCAUGAAAGAUGCAGAGGCAGUUGACGAUCAAUCACGUCACGAGGCAACGGAACAUAUCUCGCAAGGUCAAAUCGAAGAAGCAGACAGCAACGAAUCCGGAAUUCUGAGCUCUCUUCGAAAAGUCCUGGACGAUGCCAAGUCAGCCAAACUGGACCGAGGCACCGUCAAGGAGAUUGAUGAGCUGCUGUUUGAUAUUCGGGUGGAAGCGCUUGAGGCAUUGAAGAGACAUACGGAAUAG